UCUUCAUCUUCCCCACUCCUUUUCUUUUUUCAAAUGAAAAAAAAAAACCUCUUUCAGUAAACUAAAGCUCUUGUUUGGCAGUAGAUUUUACAAUUGUGAUUUUUAAAACUUGAAGUUGUGUUUAGACAUGUAGUUAUCUUGAAAAAAAAUCAAACUUUUGUUAGGGAGGGUGAAAUUUUGAAGAUAAAUUUGAUUUUAAAAAAAAAAAAAUUGAUUCAAAUCUAUGGCCAAACGCUAGUUCUGAGCUUCUUUCUUUGUUGCAUUCAGAUAUUGAUGUUUGUGUAUUUGUUUAUCAAUUUUUGACUUGAUAAAUUGUCUGUAUUCAGUCUCUGUCUUUGUUUCCACUUUAUGUUGAGUUUUCUUGCAAAAAAUUCAAAUCUAUGGACAUGUAGUUUUCUUGAAAAAAAUUCAAACUUUUAAAAAGACUUAUGGCUAGACAGAUAUUUGAAGAUAUAUUUUUUAAGUUCUGAUCCAAAUGUAUAUGUAUAUUAUAUAUUUGUGUUAUUUUGGAAGUGCAAAUUAUGUGCUUCUUUCUUUGUUGCAUUCAGAUAUUGAUGUUUGUUGUAUUUGUUUAUCAAUUUUUGGCUUGAUAAAUUGUCUGUAUUCAGUUUCUGUCUUUGUUUUCAGUUUAUGUUGAUUGUUGAGAACAAUUCAUAGAUUUGAACGUGGUUCUGAAUCUUUUAUAGGACAAUUAGUUAUUUAUAGCAAUUUGCUGGCUCUGCGUAAGACUGAUACUAUCAUUUUGUCAUUAUAAGGCUGAAAUUUAAGAUGAUGAAAAAAAAAGUGUUGUGAUUUGAGCCUUUUGGGAUGUCCCAAAAUGUCAAAAACGAUGAAAGUUUUUUUUAAAAAGGAGUCAGUUCUCCAUGCCAUGACGGAGACAGGAUUUUCACCCAGGGGUUCAUCGUCUCUGGCUUCGCAUUUGAAAGCAGAUAUUAGUCUAGGCUCUUUGAUAAGGUGUAGUUCUUCCAGCUGAUUUUGGAUCAGCCUGAGAAGAAAUACUAUGAGUUUUGAUUAAAAGAUGAAAUGACAAAUUUUGAUCAAUCCCACGAUUGCGGUUAGGAUGAGUGGUGAGGGCAUCCCUUUGAUGCAAAAGUAGUAGGAGUAUUAGAUUUAGAUUCAUCAUAUUUGCAGUGAUGUUAUUAAUCAGUGAAUUGUUACUAUUCAUGUUACACAUCUUACAGCACCUGUUUUUGUUACUAAUUCAGUCUGCCAUCAUAUCAAAAUUGAAUCCACAAAUAGAAGAUAUUACUUGGAAGAAAUGAACUUUGGUUUCCUUUGUUUUACAACACAGGACUUUUGCAAAGAUAUCUGAACUGGUUGGCUAGUGAUGGCGUACAUAUGACCACUUUUGGAAGUAUAGAUGGCAGAGUUACUUCAAUUGGUCAACACUGUUAUGAUCUUGCUGAUCAAGCCUUUGUCACUUGUCAAAUUCACUUGCUUCUUCGGUGUGAGAACAAUAUGCAUUGUUAUCCAAACAUGGACAGAACUGCUGAGAGCUGCUAUGGGUUUUCAUGCCAGAUUACUCUGGAGACUGAUAAUUUGGGCUAUUGCUAUUCUAUCCCUGCCUAUACGGAGUUUAACAGCUCUACAAAGGGAAAGGGCGCUGGAGAUGCAUCUGCAGGAAAUGCAGAUCGAGUUUGAGAAUCUUGUUUGGGAAAGGAAGCAACUUGAGAAGAAAAUACUAGUAGCCAUCAAGGAUAAAAAGAUAAUGCAGGCCAUGUUAGCAGAACUCGAGGAUGAACAUGACGAUGCCAUCGUCAAAAUUGAGCAAUUGGAGGACCAGCUUCAGAAUCUGAAGGUGGAAAAUCAACGAUUGAACGAAGUUCAUGGUAAAGCACUUUCGGACCUAAAAGACCAUUUUGAUGGCCAAGUAAUGCAAGGUUGUAGCGAUGCUGUUCCAUUUUGGAGAUCAAGUGGCAUUGAGAGCGUUGCCACACACAAGGAAGGAAUGCAAGAAGAUAAAAGCAAAAGCGGAAGUACGAGCCCUGAAUUUAUGGAAGCCAGAUCCUGUCGAGAUGUCAACCGGCCACGUACUCAGACCACGUCUGAGAAUUUUGACACAAAUGAUGUGCUACACCAACGAAGGGAUCUAGCUGUUUCCCAGACCCUUUUUAGUGCAAUAUUAUCGCUCUUAGUUGGAACGAUCGUAUGGAAAGCUGAAGAUGCAUGCAUGCCUCUAGUCCUCGCGCUAUUUGCUGUCGUUGGCAUGUCGUUGUGGAGCGUGGUCCAGUUCUUCACAACCAUUAAGAACAGACCCGCGUCUGAUGCAGUUGCUCUCUUGAGCUUCAAUUGGUUUUUGCUCGGAACGCUGACAUAUCCUACGUUGCCAAGGAUCACUCCUGUAUUUGCACCAGUGUUAUGGACUCUCUCAGACAGGGCUGUGGAGCUGCUAGGUUUCUAAAUCUUGAGUUUUUUGCUUUUCGCAGUCGACACAUACUACACACUGUUUUUGGUCCUCUUGAUGCUUGUAAAGUAAAAGUUUGUCAAAAUGUUUGUUCUUUUUGGGGUCUUGUCUUGUAAAUUUCUUCUGAAAGAGUUUGAUUUUGCUUAAACAGUUGUGUUAUUGAUGUCGUGGAUGAUAAGUAAAUGUAUAAUAUCCGUCUUUUAUUAGUUCUCCA